AGUCCGCCCGCAUUUGUCGAUCGCAAUAAUUGUUGUUCAAUAAUUUUUCCACACGUUUAUUUUAUUCUGUUUUUUUAAUUAUGCCAAAAGUUAAACAAAAUCAAAAUUCCAAGUUGAAAAAGUAUGUUUCAGAAUUCGGUGAAAAUAUUUUUUCAACCGAUGGAUUAAUUUUAUAUUGUAAAAUUUGUGACGUCAAAGAGUCAAGUGAGAAAAAAUUCCAUAUUCAGCAACAUAUCGGAAGAGAUAAACACAAAAAUGCGCUUGCAAAAAUUGAAAAUAGUAAAAAAAUUCAGCCUUUCAUUAAUAAAAAUACCAUUAAGUCAGAUUUCAAUUACGAUUUGUGUAACGCGUUGGUUGCGGCAAAUAUCCCUAUGAAUAAAUUGAAUAAUGACGUUUUUAGAUCUUUUUUAUCAAAAUAUUGCAACAAAAAUAUUCCAUGCGAAUCGACAUUACGAAAAGGAUACUUUGAUAAAUGCUAUGAAGAGGUUUUGUCGAAAAUUCGUGAAGCUGUAGGUGAACAUAAAAUAUGGGUGUGUAUUAACGAAACCACAGAUUCAGAACGCCGAAACGUGGCUAACAUAAUAGUUGGAAUUCUACAACCAGAAAGUCCUGGAAAUUUGUAUCUUCUUCACACAGACUAUUUAGAUAAGAAAGCGGGUAGUACAAUUCAAACUUUGUACCCGAAUAUUAUUCAUUUAACUUGUUUGGCUCAUGCGUGUCAUAACGUCUGUGAAGAAGUUGAUGCAUCAACGUCUGUUAAAAUAACUACUCUAGCUCUUCAAAAGCAGGACAUUAUUCUCGGUAACUUCUACGGAGUAUGGCUUAAAGUAUCCAAUGGUCUCUAG